AUGGAGGAGCGGGGGUGGGUGUCGUCGUCGUUGGAGGAGGAGGAGGAGGUGUCGGCGCUGUCCGCCAUUUUCAGCGGCCCGUCCGAGUUGGCGGUGCUCAGCCGCUCAGAGACGGAUGGGACCACAUUUAGAAUUGCCACGAGUGCCCAAGGACUUUCGGGUGAAGAAGUGCAGUUAAAGCUGGUGUUCCACUUACCGGUCAGUUAUCCAUCAUGCCUCCCCGGCAUCUCUAUGAGCUCAGAGCACCUCACGAGGGCCCAGUGUUUGGAAGUGAAAGAGAAGCUUCUUGAGCAAGCGGAGAAGCUCCCGUCCGGACCGAUGGUUCACGAGCUGGUCCUCUGGAUCCAGGAGAAUCUCAGGCACGUCAUCCAGCAGCCGGGUGCCGCGGGUGGCCGGGAGAAGCCCGCUUCGCUGACAGAUGCAACCGCGGAUCCCCAGCCGUGGGUCGUCCUCUUGCGUUUGGAUCAUAUGCGAGCCAAGGCGAAAUACGUCAAGAUGGUAGAAAAGUGGGCUUCGGACCUAAGGCUGACUGGGAGACUCAUGUUUAUGGGGAAGAUCAUACUGAUCCUUCUACAAGGAGACAGGAACAGCAUCAAGGAGUAUAUGGUACUUCAGAAAACCACCAAAGUGGAUGUCGACUCGAGCAGAAGGAAAUGCAAAGAGAAAAUGAUCAGUGUACUGUUUGAAACAAAAGCACAGACAGAACACAGAAGGUUUCUGGCAUUUGAAGUCAAAGAAUAUUCAACGGUGGAUGAACUACAAAAGGAAUUUGAAGCUGCGGGACUUAAGGAGCUUUUUUCUGGAUUUGUACUUGGGCUGGUAAAAUAAAAUAGAAAGAAAACUCUGGAGCCAUUCAGCGAAGCAGCAGUCUAUUGUAUUGGACUCCGGGAACACUGAACUGAAAUAUUUUUUGAGUGUCACUUUAAAACUAUUCUGCCAAAAUGUCCGAAGUUACCAUCAUAACUUAAGGAACGGAAAGCAAGCCAUGGUUUUGGGAAAGAAAAAAAUGAUGGUUUUGACUGCUUUGACAAUAUUUUCCAGGAAAAAAUGAGGAUAAAAUUUGAUAUUUGAAAGUCGGAUAUGAAAAGAUGGUGGGAAAGAUCCUUUCUUUUCAAUAAGAUUUGGUUGGAAGUGUGUACAUCUCCGGUGAGCUAUUUGUAAAUAAACUAUUUUCAACUUUUUUCAUAUUUACCUUUCUUGCAGUUCUACCAUUUUAGCUAUAAUUAAUUUCUA